CCCCCAAUUCCCCCAAAACCGACGAAGAAGACUCUUGGCUUCCCCCCUCACCUCCCCGGACUCCAUUUCCCAUCGCGCCCCCACAAAAUGGCGCCGCCCCCACGAGAUGGCACCGCCCACGCCCCCAUUUUCCCGCCCAGCGGCCAGGCCACGCCCCUUCCCCUCCCACUCCGGGCGCCUGCGUGGUGCGCAACGCUGCCCCUCUUCGCCUGCGCAUGGUUCGCUCCGCGCAUGCGCAGUGCGCUUCGUCCCCCCCUUUCUGUGGGCAGGGCUGUACCAUUGUGAGGGGCGAGGGGGGGACAGCGGACGGGGCCACUUAUAGGGACCCCCCCGGCUAUUUGGGGGGGGGGGGGGGGGGGGGGGGGGGCGGCACCGACGCCUGGGUCCGCGGGCUGGCAAUGCUACGGCGAGUUUUGGGGGCCCCCCGGGGCCCCCCGGCGCUGCCCCCCCGCCCCGCGUCCCGCUCGGCCGCCGACCAGCACCCCCCGGACCUGGCUCGGGAGCGCUCCAAAACCGUCACCUCCUUCUACCACCAGCCCGCCAUCGACACCGCCGCCGAGAAGCCCUCGGUGCGCCUGACGCCGACCACCAUGCUGUACUCGGGGCGCUCGCAGGACGGCAGCCAUAUUCUGAAGAGCGCCCGCUACCUGCAGCAGGAGCUGCCCGUGCGCAUCGCCCACCGCAUCAAGGGCUUCCGCAGCCUGCCCUUCAUCAUCGGCUGCAACCCCACCAUCCUCCACGUGCAUGAGCUCUACAUUCGCGCCUUCCAGAAGCUCAGCGAGUUCCCGCCCAUCCAGGCGCGGGGGGACGAGGAGCGCUACUGCUCGCUGCUGCGCCAGCUGCUGGAGGACCACAAGGACGUGGUGACGCUGCUGGCCGAGGGGCUGCGCGAGUGCCGGCGCCACAUCCAGGACGAGCGGCUGCUGCGCCCCUUCCUGGACAAGACGCUGACGUCGCGGCUGGGCAUGCGCAUGCUGGCCUCCCACCACCUGGCCCUCCACGAGGACAAGCCCGACUUCGUGGGGAUCAUCUGCACCCGCCUGUCGCCCAAGAAGGUCGUCGAGAAGUGGGUCGACUUCGCCCGGCGCCUGUGCGAGCACCAGUACGGGAACGCGCCGCGGGUGCGCAUCAACGGGCACGUGGCCGCCCGCUUCCCCUUCAUCCCCCUGCCCCUCGACUACAUCCUGCCCGAGCUGCUCAAGAACGCCAUGAGGGCCACGAUGGAGUCGCACCUCGACACGCCCUACAACGUCCCCGACAUCGUCGUCACCAUCGCCAACAACGACAUCGACAUCGUCAUCCGGAUCUCCGACCGGGGCGGGGGCAUCCCCCACGAGCUCCUGGACAAGGUGACCGAGUACCACUUCAGCACGGCCGAGGCCAGCGCCCAGGACCCCCGCUUGGGAGGCCCCUUCCGCAACCUCCUCGACCUCAGCCACGGCGCCCAGGCCUGCCCCAUGCACGGGUUCGGCUUCGGGCUGCCGACCUCGCGCGCCUACGCCGAGUACUUGGGAGGCUCGCUCUGCCUCCAGUCGCUGCAGGGGGUGGGCACCGACGUCUACCUGCGCCUGCGCCACAUCGACGGCAAGGGGGAGAGCUUCCGCAUCUAGGGGGCGCCCGCGGCCUCCCUUCCCCGCGGCCUCCCCGCCUCCAACGGCCUCAAAUUCGCCUCGGCCUGGCCUCGCCGGCGGCGUCGCCUCCCUGGUGGCCUCGCCCCUUGGCCACCUUGGUGGCGUCACCUCCUCGGCGGCCUCGCCUCCCUGGCCUCCUCGGUGGUGUCACCUCCUCGGUGGCCUCACCUUUGGCCUCCUCGGUGGUGUCACCUCCUCGGUGGCCUCCUUGAUGGCCUCACCUCCCUGGGGGCCUCACCCUUGGCCUCCUCGGUGGUGUCACCUCCUUGGUG